UUGCCUGUUGUCCAGGGCGAGGCUCUGACACAGAAAGCUCAGGGUGGCCGGGCCACUUCCCCUCAGUGGUUUUGGGCACAGAAGGGAGGUGAAACUUACUCAGCCCACUGGUGACCAGGGUAGCCAGAGGCCCAGAGCAGCUCUCCUCUCGCUUGGAGCCUGACGAGUCCUCAUCCAUGGUGUUUGCCUUGAUGCUCAUGCCAAUGGCCAGGUCCCACCAAGCAGCUCCUGGAGGCUGAGGAGCCUGGGGAAGACUCUACGCCCUGCUCCAGGCCAGAUAAAAUUCUUGAUCUUCACACAUUAAUUGUAAAUUUUAUUGACCUGAGUCGAAGAAGGAAAGAAUCAUAGCAAAAUGAAAAGAAAAUUUAAAUGAAGCUUCAGGCAAAAGGCAGUACAUGAUGCUGGUCCCCACCCAGCUCCACACAGAGGUGCCUGAGCAAAGCUGUCUCCAUCUGCACUACCUGAAUGAGACAGUGACUGUAAAUGUUUCCUUGGAGUCCAGCAUGGGGAACAGGAGCCUGUUCAGUGACCUUGAAAUCGACAAGGACUUGUUCCACUGUUUUUCCUUCACUCUCCCGAGAGCCUCAUCCACUGAGGAGGCAGCCUUCCUGUCUGUCCAGAUAAAAGGACCAACACAUGUGUUUAGGAAAAGCAUGGCAGUGCUGGUGAGGAACACAGAAAGUGUUAUCAUUAUCCAGACAGACAAGCCCAUGUACAAGCCAGGACAGUCAGUUAAGUUUCGAGUUGUGUCUGUGGAUGGACAUUUGCGCCCGUUGCAUGAAUUGUUUCCUCUGGUUUAUAUUGAGGACCCUAGAACAAAUCGAAUUAUGCAAUGGCGGGAUAUUACGUCAGAGAAUGGAAUUAAACAGUUGUCCUUCAGCCUAUCAUCAGAGCCCAUUCAGGGCUUGUACAAGAUCGUGGUACUAAAACAAUCAGGAGCAAAGACAGAACACUCCUUCACUGUGGAAGAAUAUGUGCUUCCCAAAUUUGAGGUGCAAGUAAAGUGUCCAAAGACGGUCACACUCCUGGAUCAAGAAGUGAAUGUUACAGUGUGUGGAAUAUACACCUAUGGGAAGCCUGUCCUAGGACAUGUAAAAUUAAAUAUAUGCCCCAGAGCUCUUUUCAAGACUUAUUUUGGAUUUCAGUAUCUUUAUUUCUCUGGUGGAGACUCAUGUGAGGAAAUCAGUCAACAGCUGGACAGCCAAGGCUGCAUCAUACGACCAGUAAGAACCUCUAGGGACUUCAUAGACUGGAACACGAUUCAUGCUAUUAAUCUUCAAGUGAAUGCCAUAAUUACAGAAGAGGGGACAGGGUUGGAAUUCACUGGAACUGGGACAACUGAUGUUAGGAAAACCAGAACCAAUCUCGUACCUGUGAAACAAGAUUUACACUUCAGACCAGGGAUUCCAUUUGUUGUGCAGUUUCGCCUUGAGGAUCCAAAAGGAGUUCCUAUGGCAAAUCAACAUGUCUUCCUCCAUGUGUCUGCAACAAACUAUAACACCAGUGCUACCACAGAUGAGCAUGGCUUGGUAGAGCUCUCCAUCAAUACCAAUGACAUUGUGGGCUCCUCCUUCUUUUACAGAGUCUACUACAAAGAGCAAGGUCUUUGUUUUAAACACUAUUGCAUUCAAGAAGAGCUCAAAGAAGCAAUUUAUGUGGCUAGACAGGUUUUCUCCUUCAGCAAGAGCUUUGUCUACCUUGAGCCUGUCGCUGGUGUCUUAUCGUGUGGCCAAAUGCAUACAGUUCAUGUACAUUACAUUCUGAAUGGAGAGGUCUUGGGGGAGCUGAGGGAUAUGGUCUUCUAUUACCUGAUCAUGACCAAGGGCUGCAUCAUUCAAACUGGAACCCAUGCUUUCCUCAUGGAAUCAGGAGAACUGAAAGGCCACUUUACCCUGUCUGUCCCUGUGGAGUCACACAUGGCUCCUGUCACUCAAAUGCUCAUCUAUGCCAUUUUACCCAAUGGAGAAGUAAUUGCGGAUUCUGCAAAAUUCAAGGUUGAAAAUUGUCUUCCCAACAAGGUGGGUUUGAGCUUCAGCCCAGCACAAAGUCUCCCGGCCUCACAAGCCCAGCUGCAAGUUACAGCUGCUCCUCAGUCUCUCUGUGCCCUACGAGCUGUGGACAAAAGCGUGCUUCUCAUGAGGCCAGAAGCUGAACUUUCCCCAUCCUGGAUAUAUAAUCUGCUAAGAAUGAAGGACACUGACUUCAUUCCACAUUUAAAUCAAUGGGCAAAAGACCCAGACAACUGUUACAAUGAUGAAUAUAGAAAUUUUGAUAAAAUCAUUCAUUCAUCAUCGAAAAAAAAUGACAAAGAUACUUUCAGAUACAUACAGAGCAUGGGCUUAAACGCAUUCACUAACUUGAAGAUCAGAGAUCCUGAGUUUUGUCCUGACUAUGCAUUAAUCCCAGAAGCAGUGCCUUUAAUGAUAACGAAUGAUGUGAUUCCUGUAGAAAUAAAUGAAAAUCCACUCACUGAGACUGUGCGAAACUAUUUUCCUGAAACAUGGAUCUGGGACUUGAUAGUGGUGAACUCCUCAGGCGUGGCUGAAGUAGCAGUCACAGUUCCAGACACCAUCACUGAGUGGAAAGCUGGGGCCCUCUGCCUGUCUGAAGACUCUGGGCUUGGUCUUUCCCCCACUGCUUCCCUCCGAGCGUUCCAGCCCUUCUUCGUGGAGCUCACGAUGCCUUACUCUGUGGUCCGUGGCGAGGACUUCACGCUCAAGGCUACUGUAGUGAACUACCUUCCUGACUGCAUCUGGGUGAGUGUGCAGCUGGAAGACUCCCCUGACUUCGUGGCUGUCCCAGUUGCAAAAGACCAAGAUUCUUACUGCCUGUGUGCGAAUGGGAGGCAAACUGUGUCCUGGCUGGUGACUCCCAAAUCACUGGGGAAUGUGAAUUUCUCUGUGAGCGCGGAGACACAACAGUCCACAGAGCUCUGUGGUAAUGGGGUAGCUAUGGUUCCUGAAGCUGGGAAGAAAGACACAGUUGUCCAACUCCUGUUAGUUGAGCCUGAAGGAAUCAAGAAAGAAUAUAUGAUCAACUCAUUUCUGUGUGCAUCAGAUGCUGAGAUAUCUGAAAAAUUAUCCCUGAAGCUCCCACCACAGUUGGUGAAGGAUUCGGCCAGAGCUUACUUCUCUGUGUUUGGUGAUAUACUAAGUUCUUCCAUAAAAAAUACACAAAACCUCCUCCAGAUGCCUCAUGGCUGUGGAGAACAGAACAUGGUCCUUUUUGCUCCUAACAUCUAUGUGCUGAAAUAUCUGAAUGAAACCCAGCAGCUGACACAGGAGAUCAAGUCCAAGGCUAUUGGCUAUCUUACUGCUGGUUAUCAGAGAGAGCUAAACUACAAACACCCAGAUGGCUCCUACAGUGCCUUUGGGCAUCAAGAUGGCAAGAAUCAAGGCAACACCUGGCUCACAGCCUUUGUGCUCAAGACCCUUGCCCAAGCUCGGGCCUUCAUCUUCAUUGACGAAACGCACAUUACCCACGCCUUCGCCUGGCUCUCCCGGAAGCAGAAGGACAAUGGCUGUUUCAGGAGCUCUGGGACACUGUUCCACAAUGACUUGAAGGGAGGAGUAGAAGAUGAGGUGACCCUCUCUGCCUAUAUCACCAUUGCCCUUCUGGAGAUCCCACUCCCUGUCACUCACCCUGUUGUCAGCAAAGCGCUGAGCUGCUUGAACUCAGCCUGGGAAACAAUAAAGCAGGGGACCCAGGGCAGCCAUGUCUACACCAAGGCACUCUUGGCAUAUGCGUCUGCCCUGGCAGGGAACCAGGACAAGAGGAAAGAAAUACUCAAGUCACUUGAUGAGGAAGCCAUGAAAGAAGACAACUCAGUCCAUUGGGAGCGACCUCAGAAACCCAAGGAGCCAGAGGGACAUUUGUACCAACCCCAGGCACCCUCUGCCGAGGUGGAGAUGACCGCCUAUGUGCUCCUGGCUCACCUCACAGCCCAGCCAGCCCCGACCCCAGAGGAGCUGACUACCGCAGCGCGCAUCGUGAAGUGGGUCACAAAGCAGCAGAAUUCCCAAGGCGGCUUCUCCUCCACCCAGGACACGGUGGUAGCGCUCCACGCUUUAUCCAGGUAUGGAGCCACUACUUUUGCCAGAACUGGGAAAACUUUGGUGACGAUCCAAUCUUCAGGGACAUUUUCCACAAAAUUCCAAGUGGAGAGCAGUAAUCGCCUAUUGUUGCAGCAGGUCUCAUUACCAUAUGUUCCAGGGGAUUACAGCAUAAAUGUGUCAGGAGAAGGAUGUAUCUACACUCAGACAGCUUUGAAAUACAAUGUAUUCUUAGAGGAGGAAGAAUCUGCAUUUGCUCUACAAGUACACACAGUACCUCAGACUUGUGAAGACCCCAAAGCCCACAAGAGCUUCCAGAUUUCACUAGAAGUCAGUUACACAGGGAGACGUCCAGUCUCUAACAUGGUGAUUGUUGAUGUAAAAAUGGUAUCUGGUUUUAGUCCACUGAAGCCAACAGUGAAAAUGCUUGAAAGGUCUGGCAAUGUGAGCAGGACAGAAGUGAGCAGCAACCACGUCUUGAUUUAUGUGGAUCAGGUUACCAACCACACGCUGCACUUUUCUUUCACUGUUCUGCAAGACGUUCCUGUAAGAAACUUGAAACCUGCUCUUGUGAAGGUCUAUGACUACUAUGAGACAGGUGAAGCAGCUCUUGCUGAAUACAGAGCCCCUUGCAGCACAGACACAGAGCAACAAAAUUUUUGAGGCUCAUCUCUAUAAAUGGUGAUUUGCUGGAAUCCCCACACCCAAGAUCCCUUAAGAGCACCAUUCUACUUCUGCAAUACAGAUACUACACAAGCUUGGUAAAUAAAUAUGUAUUUCCAGAGA